AUGGGGCAAGACUUAGCUCCCCCUCUCCUGGAAUCUCUGCUUCCUGGAACAGGUUCGAAGCUUCUAACACUGGGAAACAUCAUAGUCUCCGUUGUUGGCACUGGGGUGCUGGGUUUGCCCUUCGCUUUUCGAAUCGCUGGCUGGCUUGCUGGCUCACUCGGAGUUACGAUGGUCGGCUUAACCACCUACUAUUGCAUGCUUCUUCUUGUUCUGUGCAGACAGAAGCUUGCAUCAGAAGGAUCAUUAGCGGAAGCAAAAACGUAUGGGGACUUGGGUUAUAGAACCUUAGGAAUCACAGGUCGCCAUCUAACAGAAACAUUAAUUUUGUUUUCACAAUGCGGAGGAGCAAUAGCAUAUAUAUUGUUCAUUGGGCAAGACCUCCAGUCUGUAUUCCAAGACAAUGGAUUCACUUUCACGUCCCACGCAUUCUUUUUAGUACCAAUUGAAGUUGGAUUGUCAUCGAUAAGGAGCUUAUCCGCUUUAGCACCUUCAAGCAUUUUUGCUGAUGUUUGCAAUGUUCUGGCAAUGGGAAUUGUUGUAAAGGAAGAUAUAGGACAGACAAUGACGGGUAAAUUUUCAUUUGAACAAAGGACGACAAUUACAUCAGACAUUAAGAAGUUGCCAUUUGCAGGAGGCAUGGCAGUUUUUUGCUUUGAGGGGUUCGCGCUGACUCUGGCCUUAGAGAGUUCUAUGCAGGAUAGAGCUGAAUUCCCCAGAUUACUGGCCCUGGCUUUUUGUGGGGUAACAUUCUUGUACGUUCUUUUCGGGUUCUGUGGUUACAUGGCAUAUGGCGAUGAAACUAGAGAUAUUGUGACCCUCAAUCUCCAAAGAACUUGGACAUCUAGCACAGUAAAGGUAGGAUUAUGCUUAGGACUGGUGUUCACAUUCCCUAUCAUGGUUCACCCAGUUAAUGAGAUCGUGGAAGGAUGGCUCAAAAGGUUCAAAUGGUUUAAGUAUUUACACGCUGACGAUAACGAUUCAACAAGAUUGGGAAGAAUUGGGACGUACGUCAACCGCGCAAUUUUGGUUACCGGGUUGGUCGUCAUGGCUUCGCGCGUGCCAGCGUUUGGUGAAUUUGCCUCACUGGUAGGAAGUAGUGUAAGUGUAUUGAUCUCCUUUGUUUUGCCAGCCACAUUUCACCUGAAAUUAUUUGGCUCUUCCCUCCAUAUGUGGCAAAAGGCCUUGGAUUUUGUUUUAGUGUUCGUUGGUUCAGUUUUUGCGGUAUAUGGCACCUACAGCGCCAUAGUUGGAGUUUGA